AUGCGCUCAACCAUCCUCUCUCUUCUUCUCUUCCUCUCCUCCGCCUCAUUUUCCGCAGCCAACUAUGUCGUGUCUAAUCCAGGGACAGGGGUCAUCUGGAAUGGAGGCGACAACGUCGUAGUCGAGUGGACCGGUACAGACGAGAAAUUCGUUGACGUAAGACUCGUUCAUGGACCGGCAGCGAAUCUGCAAUUAUACGAUGUAAUCUGUAAGGACGUCGACUCGAGUCUAGGAAAAUGCAAUUACCAGGUCGAUAAUAACAUCCCUAGCGGUCGCGACUUUGCAAUUACUGUCGGAAAAUCCGCCAACCUUUAUGGGUAUUCUAGCUUUUUCUCUAUCAAAGCGAAGGGACCUCUUCCAGAGGCUAAAGGAUGUCCUAAUUUUGGUGGCCAAAAUUGUCCACAAUCACUUCCCUGUUGCAGUGCCGCCGGAUACUGCGGCAGUAGUGAUGAGCAUUGCGGCAGUCCCUGUUGUAGCAAAUAUAACUUCUGUGGUGCAUCAACUGCUCAUUGUGGAACUGGUUGUCAAGCCGGAAAGAGCUUUAAUGGAAAGUGUCUGGCUGCUCAAGCUCCACCAAAACCUAAAAAAUGUGGCAGCCAAUAUUGCAAGAGUUCGGCACCGUGCUGCUCAAAGGCUAACAAGUGCGGUUCAAACAAUACAGCAUGCGGAGCUGGAUGCCAGCCCCAGAAAAGUUUUGCUGGCAAGUGUACCAAGUAA